AUGCCUCCGCGUCCAAGUCAACAAAGCGGGCCUGCCCGAGGAGGCAGGGGAGGUAAUCGCGGUGGCGGCCGUCCUCCUCGAGCAGGCCCGCCUCAAAUUGUUGGACGUGGGGCCCAGAUGACUGGUGGAGGCGGCCAGCCCUCUGGGCUUCCUUCAGCUCUUGUCAAAACAGUCGGUGUACAACGCAAGGGAUUCGGGACCACUGGCCGAAGAAUCCAGGUAUUUACAAAUGCUUGUGAGGCCAUGGUCCCUGAGGGACUGAUCUAUCAUUACGACGCCAUCGUCACCGAAAAAACCAUGCCACCUCGCGUUGCUCAUCAGCUGAUCAAACAGCUGCAACUCCAGCCAGAAUUUCACCCUCCUGGAGCAUACGAUGGCAAGAAGAACUUGUAUAUGACGCAUUCGAUUGAUUUUGGAGGUCCCGAUUCUCGCGAUUAUAAUGUUGCCAUGAAUGGUAACUCUCAGCCUCGAGACAGACCCCCUCGUGUAUUCAAGAUACGGCUCAAAAAGGUUGCGGUCCUUAACCCAGAAGGCUUCCAGCGUUUUAUCGAUGGACAACAGUCGUUUAGUGAGGCUGAUCAAGCAACUCUAGGGGCUUUGAACAUUGUUAUUCGCAUGCUACCCAUGCAAACUCACCCGUACAAUUCAAAAUCAUUCUUUACGGACACAGAGAUUAAGAAUGUUGGACAUGGUUUUCAAUUACGCCGAGGAUACUUUCAAUCGCUCAGGCCUGCAAUCGGACGACUGCUCUUAAAUAUAGAUCUUUCGACGGGGAUGUUCUACAAGGAUGGAUCAGUGAUAGAUAUCGCGCUCGAAGUAGUGGGCAACCGUGAUCCAAACGCAUUAUCCAUGGAACGGGGACUACCUAAUAGCGUCUUCAGGGACUUAGAACGGUAUUUGAAGAAUGUUCGCGUUUCUGUCCGGCCAGCUGCUGCUGGCUCCCCUCCGCACAUAGUCACAAUAAGUUCUUUGACAAGGGAAGGUGCUAGCCGUAUCAUCUUCCAACAGAGGGAUGGUACUUCGACAAAUGUUGCUGCUUACUUUCGACAACUAUCUGGCCGACCGCUCCAAUAUCCCAAUAUUAUUUGUGCCAAGACUGCCAAAGGAGCAGUGUUACCAUUCGAACGUUGCACCAUCGUGCCGGGGCAACUUGCCCGCAUGCAGAUACCCCCCGAAGUCACCCGAGAGAUGGUGGAGUUUUCUACGAAAAGGCCAGAAGAUAGACUGCAGAGUAUUAGGAAUGGGUUCCGGGUACUCGCCUAUGGUCAAUCUGAAUAUGUCCGUAGUUUCGGCUUGUCCAUCAAUGAACAAACAUUCCCUAUGACCAUAGAAGCUCGGCAAUUGCCUUCGCCACAGCUUCUAUACGGUCAAGGAAGUAAAGACAAGGUUUCGAAACCCCGUGACGGAGCAUGGAAUAUGAUCGACAAGAAGCUAUAUAAACCAGAGUCUAUCAAUAGAUGGGCGAUGGUAGUUUUCGAUACUCGAACUCGUCAAGAUACUGCCUUAUCCGUGGUUCGAUCUUUCAUUGAAGGAUGUUUGAGUGUCGGUAUUAAUGUCAUAGAACGUGAUCCGGUAAUUGAAUAUGCGUCGGGGCAAGGCGGCAUUCAACAAGUUGCUACUGUCUUGAAGGCUGCUGGUAUGAAAUGUGUGAAGAAGAACAAUGUUGGGAAAGGACCUGACAUGUUACUCGUCAUUCUCCCUGACGGGGGAAACGACAUCUACCGUGCAGUGAAGCACUUUGGCGAUGUUACGCAAGGUGUGGUCACCCAAUGCCUGAAAGCAUCAAAAUGUAACCGGGCCAAACUUCAAUACUGGGCGAAUGUUUGUCUCAAGCUUAAUGCUAAACUCGGUGGAAUCAACGUCGUACCAGAUGCCGCAGCUUCUGCGCAUCUAAGCGAUCUGCAGAAUCCAACCAUCAUCAUGGGUGCGGACGUGAUGCACCCUGCUCCAGGCUCCGAUGCACCCUCCUUCAGUGCAGUCGUUGGGAGUGUAGACAGUCUAGGCGUUAAAUAUAUCCCCAGGACCCAUGCACAAACCUCCCGGCAGGAGAUCAUUGCUGACUUGCAUACAAUGGCAAAGGACAUUCUCGCAAGCUUUACAAGCUACCAGCUCAAUGUGGAGAAAAAGCUCCCGCAAUUCUGCAAACCGAAACGACUGCUUUUCUUCAGGGAUGGCGUUUCGGAAGGGCAGUUUGGGCAGGUUAUGGAGCAAGAGGUGGCCGUUCUCAAGAAGGUCUGUCAAGAACUGGGAAUUGCACCCAAGAUCACGUUCAUCAUUGUUGGUAAACGGCACCACUAUCGCUUCUUCCCUCGAGACCCCAAUGCCCGUGGUGAAGCCGACAAGAGCGGGAACUGUCUUGCGGGAACCGUGGUCGACACAGGAAUCACGCACCCCCUGGAGUUUGAUUUCUACCUCCAGAGUCAUGGGGGUCUCUUAGGCACCUCGCGGUCUGCGCAUUAUUCGGUUUUGUAUGAUGAUAACAACUUCACACCGGAUGCACUACAAAGUGUUGCGUAUCUCCUGUGUUACAUAUAUGCGCGUUCGACCCGAUCCGUGUCCAUCCCUGCUCCGGUGUAUUAUGCCGACAUCGUCUGCUCCCGAGCGAAAAUCCACUACGACCCGAGUGGUGUGGAUUUGUCCGACGCAGCGAGCACGGUCGCGACAGAGAAUCUGCAAUCCUUCAUUGAUGGGUUCAAGCCGUUGCAUGGGUUGCAUAAGACAAAGAUGUAUUUUAUGGUGAGUGGGUUGUUUGGUUUCCGUUUCAACCUUUACUUCUAUUUGCCCUCUGGGACUUGA